AUGUCUCGCAUCUCACAGUUGCGCGAUAACAUCCAGGGUAUCACCAAGCCCGCCAUCCGCCGUCUCGCGCGUCGUGGUGGUGUCAAGCGUAUCUCGGGCCUCAUCUACGAGGAGACUCGAGGUGUGCUCAAGAUCUUUCUCGAGAACGUCAUCCGUGACUCGGUCACCUACACCGAACACGCCAAGCGCAAGACGGUCACCUCGCUCGAUGUCGUUUACGCCCUCAAGCGAUCCGGACGAACCCUCUACGGUUUCGGCGUCUAG